AGAAGACAGGGCUUCCUUCCCGCGGGAGCGCCCGGGCGCUUCUUCCCCUGCGCGCCCCGUCGGGGCUGUGGCCCCUUUAAGAGCGCGUAGCGCAGGAGCGCCUAGCUGAGCUUGCGGCGCUCGUAAAGCGGCCGCUGGCUGGACGAGGAAGCGGCGCCUGCUCUUUAGGCGAAGGCGAAGACGACGCUGCAGCGACAGCAGCAGCAGCAGCAGCAGCAGCCCGCAGGCUCCGCCGCCCCUUUCCCUUGCCUGGUGCACUUGGGCGUCCAGGGGGCUUGGCUGGCGGACACGGGAUGGCCGCACCGGAGCCCUGAGCUCAGCCGUUUGUGGUGAAAGCCAAGUCCGGAGCGCUGCUUGAGCUUCUGGAUCAUGAUUGUUAGAUAGCACCUCACAUCACGAUGACCAUGGCUCCCCGAAAAAGGAAUCGUCAUGCCUUGGGGUUCCUUUGCUGCUUUGGGGGCAGCGACUUGCCUGAGAUCAACCUCAAGGACAACACCCCUCUGCAAUUCUUGGAGUUCUCUGUGCCAAUCCCACCAGCAGAGGAGCUCAAUGCAAGGUUCUCUGAGCUUGUGGAUGAAUUGGAUCUCACCGAUAAGAACAGAGAGGCAAUGUUUGCACUCCCACCAGAGAAGAAAUGGCAGAUUUACUGCAGCAAGAAGAAGGAGCAAGAAGACCCUAAUAAGCUUGCUACAAGUUGGCCAGACUAUUACAUUGACCGCAUCAACUCCAUGGCUGCAAUGCAGACUUUGUAUGCAUUUGAUGAAGAAGAAACGGAAAUGAGGAAUAAAAUAGUUGAAGACUUGAAGACAGCUCUGAGGACUCAGCCCAUGAGGUUUGUGACGAGAUUUAUUGAGUUGGAUGGCCUGACCUGCUUGCUGAACUUCCUGAAGAGCAUGGACUAUGAGACGUCCGAGAGCCGCAUACACACAUCCGUUAUAGGGUGUAUCAAGGCUCUGAUGAACAACUCCCAGGGACGGGCGCACGUCCUGGCCCAUCCAGAAAGCAUCAAUAUAAUCUCUCAGAGUUUACGGACUGAGAACAUCAAAACCAAGAUUGCUGUGCUGGAGAUCCUCGGGGCGGUUUGCUUAGUGCCUGGAGGUCACAAGAAGGUUCUGCAGGCCAUGCUUCACUACCAGGUUUAUGCAGCAGAGAGGACAAGAUUCCAGUCAUUACUCAAUGAGCUCGACCGGAGCCUGGGGCGAUAUCGAGAUGAAGUGAAUCUCAAAACUGCCAUCAUGUCCUUUAUUAAUGCUGUUUUGAAUGCAGGUACUGGUGAGGACAAUUUGGAAUUUCGAUUGCACCUACGAUAUGAGUUUUUAAUGCUGGGCAUUCAACCUGUUAUUGACAAGCUCAGAGGACAUGAAAAUGCAACGCUGGAUAGGCACUUAGAUUUCUUUGAGAUGGUAAGAAAUGAAGAUGACUUGGAACUUGCAAAGAGGUUUGAAGUGGCACAUAUUGACACAAAGAGUGCCUCGCAGAUGUUUGAGAUGAUCAAGAAGAGGUUGAAGCACACAGAUGCUUAUCCAUAUUUACUAUCUGUACUCCAGCACUGCUUGCAAAUGCCUUAUAAACGAAAUGGGGGGACGUUUCAACAAUGGCAGCUGUUAGACAGGAUACUGCAGCAAAUUGUUCUUCAGGAUGAGCGAGGGGAUGAUCCUGAUAUAGCUCCUUUGGAGAACUUCAAUGUCAAGAACAUCAUUAAAAUGUUGGUAAAUGAGAAUGAAGUGAAACAGUGGAGAGAUCAGGCAGAGAAAUUCCGAAAAGAGCAUGCUGAGCUGAUGAGUAGGCUAGAGAAGAAAGAAAGGGAAUGUGAGAUAAAGACCCAGGAGAAAGAUGAAAUGAUGAAGACGCUGAAUAAAAUGAAGGACAAACUGCAAAAGGAAUCUCUGGAGCUACGUCAAACCCGGGACCAAAUGACCGACCUUGUAACUCAACUCAAUGAGUUCUCGCAAGGGGGCAGCAUUUCCUUCCCUCCCCCUCCUCAGCUACCUCCUGGUGGCCCAUUUGCCUCUUCUCUACAAGCUCCGGAGGUUUUGCCGCCGCCUCCACCACCACUUCCAUUCUCCAGCUGCCCCCCUCCGCCCGCUCCACCUCCUCCCCCAGGAGGACCUCCUCCACCUCCCGGAGCACCGCCUUUCUUCAACAUGGGCAUGCCUCCCCUUUCCUCCGCCACCACCUUCAGCGGCACUGGGCCCAGUCUGAAGAAGAAAUCAACCCCACAGCCGUCUCAUCCGCUGAAGUCCUUCAACUGGGCCAAGCUGAGUGAGGAGAAGAUACAUGGCACAAUCUGGCAUGAAAUUGAUGAUUUAAGGGCUUUCAAGAUGCUGGAUUUGGAGGAUUUUGAAAAAAUGUUCUCAGCUUAUCAGAGACACCAGGACCUGCUAACUAACCCUCCUUCUUCCUGUAAGCAGAAGGAAAUGGGAUCAACCGAAGAUUUGUACCUGUCCACCCGAAAGGUCAAAGAGCUUUCUGUGAUUGAUGGCCGGAGAGCACAGAACUGUGUCAUCCUCCUUUCCAAGUUGAAGCUAUCCAAUGAGGAAAUCCGACAAGCAAUCUUGAAAAUGGAUGAAGAAGAAGAUCUUGCUAAAGAUAUGCUGGAACAGCUACUGAAGUUUGUCCCAGAGAAGAGUGACAUUGACCUGCUGGAGGAACACAAGCAUGAAAUUGACCGCAUGGCUCGGGCAGACCGUUUUCUUUAUGAAAUGAGCAGGAUCGACCACUACCAGCAGCGGCUUCAAGCAUUGUUCUUUAAGAAGAAGUUCCCAGAGAGGCUUGCAGAAGCGAAACCCAAAGUAGAAGCUCUUCUCCUGGCCUCCAAGGAGCUCACACGUAGUAAGCGGCUGAAGCAACUCCUGGAAGUCGUUUUAGCCUUUGGCAACUACAUGAACAAGGGCCAAAGAGGAAACGCCUAUGGCUUUAAGGUCUCCAGCCUCAAUAAAAUAGCAGACACCAAAUCUAGCAUAGAUAAGAACAUUACGCUGUUACACUACCUGAUUAUGAUCUUUGAAAAGAACUACCUAGAUAUUCUAGACAUGCAGUCUGAACUACAGCAUCUUCCAGAAGCAGCAAAAGUCAACCUGGUGGAGCUGGAGAAGGAAGUGAACAACAUAAAGACUGGAUUGAAAGCUGUUGAAGCUGAGCUGGACUACCAGAAGAGACGUAUGCGGGAAGCUGGCGAUAGAUUUGUCCCUGUCAUGGGCGACUUUAUCACUGUAGCCAGUUUUAGCUUUUCAGAGCUGGAAGACCUUCUGAACGAUGCAAAGGAUAAGUACGCCAAGGCGCUGAAGCACUUUGGAGAGCAUGAGGGUAGGAUGCAGCCAGAUGAGUUUUUUGGCAUCUUUGACACCUUCCUGCAGUCCUUCACAGAAGCCAAACAAGAUCUGGAGAAUAUGAGGAAGAAGAAAGAGGAGGAGGAGCGGAGGGCACGCAUGGAAGCCAUGCUAAAGGAACAGAGAGAGAAGGAGCGGCGGCAGAAGAAAGCCAAGGCUGGCAGCGUCUCUGAGGAGGGAGGGGGAGAGUUUGAUGAUCUCGUGUCUGCUCUGAGGUCCGGCGAGGUCUUUGACAAGGACUUAUCAAAGCUCAAGCGCAACCGCAAGCGUUCAGGGAACCAAAGCUUGGAGACGAGCCGGGAACGGGCAGUGACAAAGCUCAAUUAUUAGAGGAGGUGGAGGAAGCACAAAGGAAAGGAAAGGACAAAACAAAGACUUCUUGCCACAACAAAGAGUCAAACAAGAUGGCGGAGGCUGGCCAAUAUCCUUCCCCGGGAGACUUGUCUAUCUGGUGGCUUUGUUUACUGUUUCCAGGAUGAACGGGCCUUCCCAUCUUGCUCUCUUCCAUAGCCAUAUAAUCUGGAAUGGUUAUAAAAGUGCCUCUCUACAGCCCAAGGGAUUUGUCACCAAGACGUUGCUGUUUGGUAGACGAGUUUGCUUCUUGACAUUUCCCCUCACAAGUUCAGCCAGGUCCCAGUGGCGGAACACAAACCGUUGGGCCUUCUGUGCCGAUUAGUUAUGGGGAGAGAGACUAUGGUUUACUCUGUGCCAAAGUGUACACUUUAAUAAAAGUUCUCCAUCUAUCUGAGAAAACUAACAAGACAUUUUCAGUUUGGUUUGCUGAACUCUCCUGCCCAUCCUUCAGGCAUCUGUUGUGGAGUGCUUCUACAGCAUUGCAGCUCCGCUCUUCCCUUGGAUUUACAAAAGGCCAUUGGUUGAAGCCUGAAUGAUGUUUUUCGACCUGGAGAAAUGUUACUUAGUGGCCUAUAUCAUAUAAAGCAAAGCAAGUGAUGCUGCGUCAGCGGAAGUAGAUGGGACUGCUCAGCCGAAGAAGACAGACAGACUGUUUGCGACACUCCUUGUUUUUUUCAGGAAUCAUGGAUAUUGAAUCUUCAGGGAUGUGCCCAGCCAUGAGAAAGAAUGAGGGAAGGAUGGACCACACUCGGAAGAGCGACCGCAAUGGGUUUCGAGCCAGUUCAGUUGUCAUUGCUGAGCAAUGUGGUAGGGGAAGGGUGGCAAAUAAGAAUGUUCACAGGUGUAAAUCUACAUCAUUUUGUUAGCACAAUAAAAAUGGUUAUUGGGACUGGCAGAGGUAGGAUAUUUUUUUUCUUUUUUAAACCCAGACAAAUGGAGUUUGUCUGGUGGUUGGAAAUGGGAAUCCUUUUUUGUGUCGGCAGCCAUAACUCUACUGGGAUGAACUGGAGCUUACACUUUAACAGGCUGGCCUUCUCGGAAGCCCCAGGUCUCCCAGAAAGGGCUGCACGAUUUUAAUAGUAGUAGUAAUAAUAAUAACACGCUGCAUCGGUAGAUAGCUGGGUUGUUCGAGGACUUUUCCAUCUGGAAGGGAGUGAUGGUAGACUCAAAGGUGGCUUACCCCAGUGGACUUUGAUAAGAGCUCCAGAGAGCACAGGUAAUUAAUCCGAAAAUAAUUAGUUGUUCCACAGUGGAAACUAUCUAACAUGCACAGCCGGAACAACGAGAGGGAGCAUACUAAUAUCUUCCUGUUUCAUUGUACCUAUAUGGCUGUAUGGCAAUAGAAGCAUAUAGUGUUAGAGUCCUUAUUUAUCAUAAAGAGGUGAACUGACUGUUGCCUUCCUUCAAGUGAGCAUAGGAAAAAGAGGCGAGAAAGAUCUGGGUGCUAAGUGUAGUGACAGAUGGUCAUGCCAAUUUCUGGAAAUGAACAUGUCAUCUGUGAGUGAGAAGUCCUUGGGACUCUGAGGAAUCCCAAAGAGGCUCAAAUCGUCACUUUACAGAGCAAUCCUAUGACCUCUUUGUGGGUGGGAGAAGCUGUGGCAGAACCACCACAUCUGGCACUCUGCAGGCUCACUGCAGCCGGGGUGGAAAGUGUGGGGCAGCUUUCCUCCCUGCCUUUUGACCUUCCCCACUUCCAAGCUACAACCUCUCCCAUAACGCCCUCCUCUUGUCCCCACUACCAGUGGGGAGCCAUUAUGCAAUUUCUGUGGCCACACAGUAGACCUCCGUCUCUGCCAAUCUGUGGGCCUCAACCACCCUCCCAAGCAGCAUAGGAUUGCUCCCCCCUUAUCACCUGCUUUUUGUUUGUAUCAAAGUGUUAUUUAAUUUCAAGCUUAACCUUGAGUUUGUAGAGCAGACGACGUCUGCAUCUUGAGCACUGCCUGAUCAGUAUUCUAUGCAAACCACGUUAGAAAAUUGUAGAGGGAGGUUGUAGGUCAGAACAUCAGGAACACUAAAUCAGGUAUCUAGGAACAUGCAGGAGAGAGAGAGAGAGAGAGAGAGAGAGAGAGAGAGAGAGAGAGAAGACAGAAGCUGCCUUAUUUUAAUGUAGUGGAGUCUGAGCCUCCCAUUUCUGAAUUUCUCUGUUCAUGACAUUCCAGAAUCCAGCACUUCUGCUUUGACACAGACAGUGAAGAGCUGGUUACCUUACAAGGGCUGGAUGCAAUGUGCUCUCUCCUUUACUCCUCCUCCCUGUUUUGAAGGGCCUCUUUUUUUGAAACAAACCCACUGCAAAUAGACCCAAGCACUUUUUUAAAAAGUUCUUUCUAAAAGCUUUUCUUGUGGGGUGGGGGAAUUUUACAAGCUCAUACUUUUUGGGGGGGGUAUUCUCCCCACCUCCAAAGAUGAUGAACUAGACACUUUUAAAAGAAAAUGUAAUUGCUAUCUCAAGCUUCUUGCUGAGCUCUGUAGUGGAGAUGUAGUACUGUGAUAAUAUGUAUUGUGGACACAAUGCGAGACUGAAUCAAUAUGUGCCAUAAAGGUAAAGGGACCCCUGAUCAUUAGGUCCAGUCGCGGACGACUCUGGGGUUGUGCGCUCAUCUCGCUCUAUAGGCCGAGGGAGCCGGCGUACAGCUUCCGGGUCAUGUGGCCAGCAUGACUAAGCUGCUUCUGGCAAACCAGAGCAGCGCACGGAAACGCCGUUUAUGUGCCAUAGGGGGAGACAAAUGAGUUUAGUAUGCAGAAAAGCCCGAGAUAACAUUUCCCCCCCAGAAUAUAAACAUUUAUUUUCUUUCAGCACCAUCUUUCCCCUCUUGCUUAGUUUCUAAAGACUUAAGGCCUGCAGAGAGAUUAAUUACAAAGGAUAGAUCCCAGUUCACCAGCUUAGAUUCAUCUGUGACCCUCUUCCUGAAUGUGAAAAAGAGAAUAAUCUGAUCUAUGUUUCUGUUAAUGUUGUUUAGUCUUAUGCUGAUGCCAUUACCAUAACCCCAUUCUUUCUGGUUAUGAAUCAGAGGAGGGCCAGGCUGGAGCCUGCUGGUGGCUCUCCCUGUCAGUGUCCCAUUUCAGAGGGGCACCCCCUCCAUUUUGGGUGGCAAGGAAGCUUACUUGGUGACAAGCAGCAGCAGGUGGCAUGCAGCAAUCACUUAAAAAUGAAUAAAAGCAAAAGCAUUAGAUCUGAAUCAGCUUAAAUCCAAAGCAUUUUUCCCUCUGAAAAAUAAGUUGCAAAUUCUUUAGUCAGG